ACCCCCAGUGCGCUUUCAGCUCAGUUAUCUUCCUGUUUUGGUAGGACGUGAAGAAGAGGACAGCUGCAGACCUCCACGGUCAUUUUUCACGUUACCUCCGUCCAAAUCCACAGUCGUGGAACCGCCACACACCGUGAGCAUAUCGCACAACAUGGACUUCUCUAUCCGUGCAUCCAACGUGGAGGACUGCAAGGACAUCGCGCGGAUGAUCGUGGAGUUGGCUGAAUAUGAGAAAGUUGCAGAUCGUGUCAAAAUUACACAGAGAGACUUGGAGCAGGACGGCUUCUCCAAGAACCCGUUCUUCCAUGGGAUUGUCGCUGAGGUGCCAGAACAGCACAAAACCAAAGAAGGCCACACAAAGAUAGGAUAUGCACUUUACUUUUAUUCCUACAGCUCAUGGUCGGGCAGAGCCAUUUAUAUGGAGGACUUGUACGUGAUGCCUGAGUUUAGAGGCGCGGGCAUUGGUAAAGCACUUAUGAGCAAGGUAGCUCAGCUGGGGAUGGCUGCCGGCUGCAACCAGCUUAACUUCACUGUCCUGAACUGGAACAAACCAUCUAUGGACUUUUACCUCAGCCAGGGCAGCUUCGACGUCACAGCUGACAUGGGCUACCACUGUAUGCGCUGCGAAGGAGAGGCGUUGGAGCGCCUGGCCCAGCCAUAAGCCCACACUGGGCUCAUGACAGCAUGACCUUUUCAACCAUACGGUCACAGAGUGUAGGGAUAGAGCACCACUCAUUGGCCCCGUUCCAAAACAUGACAAUGACAAUCGCCAAUUUCACUAAGGGCACAUUAUUUAAAUGAUUGACUGUUUGUUAAGCCCUACCCCCCCCUUAGUUACUGUUACCACGCCUAUCAUGUUUUUCAAGCUAGCACAGCAAAUAUGCAGUGUACAUUAAUAACAAUGGGGGAUUUACAUUACAUAUUUUUUUACAAUUCCACAAUAGGUCAUCCGUUUCUCAUUUGUAGCAUAGGACUGUCGAUUGUGUCGGCUGAAAUGACAACAGCUGGCAGAUUUUAUUAGAUGCUGUAAGCUAGCAUUAGCUAAUUAGCCAACUUUUGAUUCUUCCCAGCUGACUCUCUUUAAACAGAGUCCUGUAAAAUAUGCGUACACAUGAUGGCUACAUACAUAUUUUAAUGCUAAAAGACUGAGGCUUAAGCUACAUGUCCAGGCAAAAAGCAAGUUGGCGAGAUUAGCAAGAGUGAAAAUCAAAUUCAUUAAUGAGCAGGAUAGGAAUGCUAACAUUAGCCUAAACUCUGACGUAACGGAAUGCCGUUAACUUAUUAUAUGCUCCUUGACUUUAAAUAAAUGCUCAGUUACUACAGGUGGUAAGCUAGUUUGCCAGGUAUGAUAAUGUUUGCAGCUUACAUUGAUGUUUUUGGUUUUGGUAUGGCAUUAAAAAACUAUACACGAGGUAUCUUCUUACUACAGCCUCACACACACAUUACUUCAAAAUGUAGCCUACUUGCUGUGCCUUGUUCCUUUUUGAAGAAGGGUUUAGCAAACAGUCAAUUGGGUUAUUCUCAAGUCAAGGAUGCAGUUUUAAGUAUUGGAAUGGGGCCUAUACGCACUAUAUUUAAAAGAGGCACUAAAAUCUGUGUUUUGUGUUUUUCCCUUGUGAUGUAUGACCCAGAGCAUUUUUGAUUUUGGUGUUAAAAGGAUCAGAUAACCUAACCUCUCUUGUGAAAAAUGGAAAAUAUAUGGACAUGAAAAAGGUCAGACAGGAGUGUGCAUAUUUAUGUUUUUUUUUAGAGAAAGUCCUAACACAUCAUCUAGAAAUGAAAUAUUUUCUUUUUGCACAAAAAUACAGAAAAAAACUAACGCAUUGCAAAGCCAAGAUGUAUGUUUCAUUGUACUGUUUAACUGUUGAAAGGAGUGAGUUUAUGGUAAGUUAUCCCUUUAAAUAAUCAUAAACUAUGAUAACAGUAACCAAAGAGUCAGUCAUGUCUCCCCUUGUCUUCCAGAUGAAUGCUAUGAGUUUCAUUUACGUUUAAGCCAUGUGGGCUCUAAUGGAUGCAAUUGUGAAGUAAAGGAAUCAGUUGAACCUAAACCUACUAAUAAACUCUUUGGACUAGCUUCAAGGAAAUGAGCCUCAAAUCAGACAAAAACGAUCCAUCUGCUGGAAUUUAAAAAGUAAAAGUCUUGGACUGGGUUCAGUCUGUGUCUUUGAACCUGUCCUGCUAAAAUGAAAAGGGGCACGAUUCUGGUCUGUACUCUGUUUCUAGUCUAAUUCUUUUUUUAAGAGGGCUUUCUGUAUCAUGUCCAGCAAUAUAAUGAAAACAGCCUGAGUUGUGGGUUUUAUUUAGUUUGUUUUCUCUCACUCUAAACAAGUAAGAACCUCUGACAUUCCUUUGUAGCGUUUUGAUUUGCAUUUCUUUUCAUUGUUUGUUUACUUUAAAAAUGAUUGAGUGAAGUAUGCAGUUUUCUUUUUUAAAUUUUCAUCUUUGUGAUAUUGUGUUGUAAAUUAGUCAUGUUAAUGUGGAAAAGUACAUUUAAUGUGCUGUCAGCAUGCUAUUACAUGAGUGCAUCCGCAAAAAUCAAUAGAGUCUGAGGGCAAAUGAAGAGAUAUUCAUAACCUUUUAUAAUCUUUUCUGCAACUUCCCAUCAGAAUGCAAGACCCAGAGCUAUAAAUUACACAAUACUGUGUUCCCAGCAUGGAUUCCUAAAAAAAUAAUCCGACUUCUACCCUGAUUCCUGUCAAAUAUUUGCAAUAUAUCAGACUUUAAAGAUAAAAGGUAAAUACAAAUACAAAGCAUAUUUAACUGUUUGGAAUUCAGUUUGUAGUUAGCAGGGUGUGUAUUAUAUAUAGUGGUUGCUGCACUGUGAAACUGUCAGUAUAAAUACUAAAACAACCAUGUUAAUGUACUGGGCUCAUUUCCACAACUGUGGUGCUGUUAAGGUGUCUAAAGGGCCUACGUGUGUUACCCAGUUAUCAUUCACAAGGCAAGAUAUUUUAAAGGUGUUUUCAAAUGCUUACAUGCAUUGAUGUUUAUUUUUCUGCCAGCAGAGGCAUUUGGUGUGAAUGUGUCUGAUUUUGUCUCUGAAACAGUUGAAAAUAAAGACAAUCAUAGUUGGGUGGAA